GACAUGCAGCCCCGGAUGCUCCUCAUUGUUGCCCUCUUGGCACUGCUGGCAUCUGCCCGAGCUAAAGAGGCAGAGGGGUCCUUGCUGUUGGGCUCCGUGCAGGGCUACAUGGAGCAUGCCGCCAAGAAGGUUCAGGAUGCACUAACCAGUGUGCAGGAGUCUGAGAUGGCUGUGCAGGCCAGGGGCUGGAUGGACGGUGGCCUCAGCUCCCUGAAAGGUUACUGGAGCACGUUUACUGACAAGUUCUCCAGCCUCUGGGAUUCUUCCUCGGAGGCCCCACCAACUCCAGCUACUGAGCCUUGA